AGGUGACCCCAGUUAACCUUUCACUUGGUCUAUAUAAACCAGCUGAAGAUGAGACUAGUCACACAAGCACUCGAAUUCUCUCACCAUGAAGACCGCCGCCCUCUUCCUCCUCGCCCUCGUGGCCAUGACCGCCUCCGAAAAGCUGCCCGCAGCAGUCCCAGUGCCCGUGGCCAUCAUCAGACAGACCCAGGUCAACCCAGAUGCCCUCGGUGCCCACAGCUCCGACUUCCAAGCCGAGAACGGCAUCGUCUUCCAGUUCUCCGGGUCCCAGGGACUCACUGGAGGCUCCAACAUGAUCGGAUCUUGGAGCUACCCACAAGCCGACGGAACCUUAGCUGAGGUCACCUUCGUGGCCGACGAGAACGGAUUCCAGCCCCAGUCCUCGUUGUUGCCAGUGGCUCCCGCCUUCCCCCACCCCAUCCCCCAGUUCGUCCUCGACCAGAUCGAGUUCGCCAGGCUCGAGAAGGAGAGACAGCAACGAGAGGGAAACAGAGCCUAAAAGGAUAUAAGUCUUGUGUACCACGAAAAUGACAGUUCGAAUUUUGUUUUAGUUUAAUCGUCUUGUUUUUUUUAUUAUUAUUAUUGAUGUUUUAUUUAAUGAGACUGAUAAUAAAUUGUGAAUGAUAGAUA